AUGUCGCUUUGUGAGCACGUACUAACCGCACAGCUGAGCCCACCGAGCUCCACUACCCCCGUCUACAAAGAAGAGUGCACGCAAUGCUUCGACACGUACGACAUGGCCGCGGGCAUUAACGUCUGCCUGACAUGCUUCAACGGCGGCUGUCCGCAGCAUGGGCCGCAGCAUGCGUUGAGGACUGGGCACAACCUGGCAGUGAACAUCCGGCGCACGAAAAAGCAGGCAGCGGAUUCUGGCGACGAGCGGCCGGCGAAACUGACCAAGCUGGAGAUCACCGAGGAGGUGGAGGAGUACGACUUUACGACCACGGUGCAUUGCUGGGCGUGCAGCGGCAGCGAGGUGGAUGGGCAGCUGGAGAAUAUUGCGCCGGCGGUGCAGGCGGUGGUGAGGGCAGCCGAGGCCAGCAAGCAGAGCGAGAUCAAGGCGUGGGCAGAGGAAGUCACGGGAUGCGCGCAUUUCGACAAGCUGCAGCAGCAGCCGCUGGAGGGGUUCAGCCUGGAGGCGCUGCAUAAAUGCGGGCUGUGCGACAAGGCAGAGAACCUGUGGCUGUGCUUGGAGUGCGGGCACGUCGGGUGUGGGCGGCGGCAGUACGACGGCAGCGGCGGAAACGACCACGCGGUGGGGCAUUACCAGCAGACGGGCCAUGCAGUGUCGGUGAAGCUGGGCACGAUCACGCCCGAGGGCACGGCUGACGCGUACUGCUACAAGUGCGACGAGAACCGCCUGGAUCCGGAGCUGGCGCAGCACCUGCAAAAGUUCGGCAUCAGCGUGGCGGCUCAGCUCAAGACCGAGAAGAGCAUAGCCGAGCUGCAGCUCGAGCAGAACCUCAAGUUCGACUUCAGCAUGACCACGGCCGAUGGCGCGCAGCUGACGCCGCAGUGUGUGUUUGCCAUCGACGCCUUCCGCGACCGGUAUUUCCCGACAGCUGCCGACCAUUUCCUGGCGUGCGGGCAGCCGCGCCCGGCCCAGUGCCUGUCCUGCCAGACACAUAAGCUGGCGCACGGGCUGACGCCACGGGGACAGACGUUCAAGGCGGCGGUGGCCCGCGACCACUACGAGUUCGCGUCGAUGCGCCAGCAGGACGCGUUCGAGUUCUGGCUGUUCCUGAUGAAGCAGGUUAAUGUGAUGGAGCGCACCGGUGGGCCCGAUCCGUCGCGUGUCUUUGACUUUGUUACCGAGGAGCGCCUGCAGUGCAUGGCAUGCAAAAAGGUGCGGUACUCUGAGCAGCCGGCGUCGUCGGUCACGCUGCCGGUGGAGAAGCGUGAGACUACGGACGGUCCUGGCGCCGGUCACCUUGCAGGAACCGUCGACGGCUACCGGUGCCCCGAGUGCCGGCGCCCGACGACCGCGCAAAAGUCGACGCGCUUCAAGACCUUCCCCAAGGUGCUGGCGGUGCAGGCGCGGCGGUUCGAGCUGGUCAACUGGGUGCCGCAGAAGCUGGAUAUCCCGGUGCAGGAGCCGCUUCCCGACGAGGAGGAGGAGCCGCAGGCAGAGGAGGCGGCUCCCAGCGACCAGGACAUUGCGCAGCUCGAGUCAAUGGGCUUCCCGCGCGUGCGCUGCAUCAAGGCACUGAAAAGCACCGGCGAUGUGGAGGCUGCGCUGAACUGGAUCUUCGAGCACAUGGACGACCCAGACAUUGACGAGCAGCCUGCUUCUGCACAGGCUGCCGACCCGGCCUCGGUUGAGAUGCUGAUGGCCAUGGGGUUCGCGCGCGACCGCGUCGAGCGUGCGCUGAAGGACACCGGGGGAGACGCUGAGCGUGCGCUGGACCGCCUGCUGACGGCGCCCGAGGAGCAGGCGGGUGGGGGCGAGGGGCUUGAUGACGUCACAUCCGAUUUCGAGCUCACUGCGUUUGUCUCGCACAAGGGAUCGUCGGUCCACUGCGGCCACUACAUCGCCAGUGCUCGCCACGGCCUGGGCGCCGCGGCCAAAUGGCAUCUGUUCAACGACGAAAAGGUUGUCGAGCAGCCGGAGCCGCAGCCGGAGCAGGGUUACGUGUACUUUUUCACACGGACGGACUAG